AUGGCUCCCAAGAACCGCGUCAUUAUCGAUUCCGACCCAGGUAUUGACGAUGUCAUGGCCAUGCUCCUGGCCCUUUCGGCCUCCCCUGAGGAGCUCGAGGUCAUGAUGAUCUCAGUUACCUACGGCAACGUGCCUCUCCAGAGCUGCCUGAAGAACGUCGUUGCCCUCUUCCACGUCUUGGAAAAGGAGAUUGCAUGGCGCAAGGAGAAUGGAAAGCCCGAGGGCUUCGAGUCCCUCAAGGCCUACAAGCCCAUCGUAUCAGUCGGUGCCGAGCACGCUCUGGAAGACGACGAGCUGGCCGCCGACUACUUCCACGGACUCGACGGCCUUCACGGCGUCCACGAGAAGCACCCCCACCUCUCCCCGGACGACCGCUGGCAGUCCCUCUUCCACACCGAGAAGAACGUGGACCACGACCCCUCGCCCUUUAACCAGUACUUCACCCCGGCCAAGCAGGUCGCCCACAAGGAGAUCCUGCGCAUCCUCAAGGAGAACGAGCCCAACACCAUCUCCAUCUGCGUCGUCGGCCCCAUGACCAACGUCGCCCUCGCCGCCGCCGAGGACCCGGAAACCUUCCUCCGCGUCAAGGAGCUCUGCGUCAUGGGCGGCGCCGUCCACGUCGAGGGCAACAUCACCCCGCACGGCGAGUUCAACACCGUCGCCGACGCCGUCGCCGCCGCGCGCGUCUUCGCCCUGACCUCCCCGACCCCGCGCUCCACUAUGCCGCCCAUCUCGGACAAGAAGUCGUCCCUGCCCCCUUACCCGGCCAGGCUGUCCAAGAAGCUCAAGCUGACGCUGUUUCCCCUCGACAUCACGACUCCGCACCUGCUCCGCAAGAACUACUUCACCGAGACCAUCAAGCCCAUUGUGGCGUCCGGAAGCCCCCUCGGCCAGUGGGUCAACCACUUCAUGUCAAAGUGCUUUGACAAGAUCAUCGAGAUGGAGGGCGACGGACAGGAGCCCGGUCUCUCCUUGCACGACCCCUUGACGGUCUGGUACCUUCUGACGCAGUCCGACCCCAAGUGGAAGGCCACCGCGGAGCCGGAGGACAUCCGCAUCGAGACCACGGGCCAGUGGACGCGCGGUAUGCACGUCAUCGACCGGAGACUCCGCGUCAAGUACAACGAGGCCGCCCUCGAGGCCAGCGAGACGGGCGAUGCCGUCGACGUCCUGACCCUGGCCGAGGUCCCCGGCGACACUGGCGGCUGGCUCAGCACCAGCAGGGGCAACAGGGUCAACAGGAUGGUUGAGUCCCCCGGCGAGGAAUUGUUUGCCCCAGACCUGAUGAAGAGAGUUUUCGGAUAA